GGAAGUCGCUGGAUACGAAAUCCCCAUUGUGACUACGGGAAUAGUGAGACAGAAGGCAUUGGAAUCGCUGUUACACAUGGAGGCUGAUUUACUGGAUACACUGGAAGCCCUCGGGUACAAGGGUCCUCUGAUGGAUGAAGCCAUGCUAGCGACGGCUUUAGAGGCCGGACUGACAUCUCCUGAGUUCUUGGAGCUCCUUUGCUGGCUCAGCUCUCAGAUUAAACUUCUGGGUAAUUUAGAGGAGACCAUCUGUGCAGAAGGUGACGACAUUGAGAGUAUUCAGCUGGAAGUGAGCGGCUUUCUGAAGGAGCUCUCCUGUCCGUAUCCCACACUUGUGUCUGGAGUCCUCACGGGUCGACUUAAAAACCAGGUGGACUGUCUUAAGCUGCUGUUGUUUCUGGGCACAGAACUUCAAGCGAUGCUGAUCUUGCAGAGCAAGGUGCAGAUGGAUGCGAGGCAAAGUGACCCUGCCUAUCUAGAACUGAAAGCGAUCUGUGAUGCCCUCCGACUUCCGGAACCUUCUUCUUGUGAUGUUGUGUCCCUGUUAAAACUGGUAGAGGCCAAGAUCACAGAAGCACUGUCUCAGGUGAAAACCGAUCAUAUUGGACAGACAUUACUCAACGUAGAACUGAAUGAGGAGCAGAUGGAGCGCCUGAAGGAAAUCAAUACAGCCCUUUCUAAGGAGUACGAGUGCCGGCGGAAGAUGUUAAUAAAACGCCUGGAUGUGACUGUGCAGUCUUUUGGCUGGUCAGACAGAGCCAAGGCAAAAACAGAUGAGAUAGCGAGGAUAUAUCAGCCAGCGCGCUACUCUUUGUCCCCCAAAACAACAAUUUCUUUCUCACACCUCCUGGCUGCCCGAGAAGACCUUUCCAGAAUUGUGCGAACCAGCAGUGAGGAGAUUCGGAAGAAUACCGCGUGCGCUGUGAACAAAGUUCUUAUGGGGAGAGUUCCCGAUCGAGGAGGGAGACCUUCAGAGAUUAAUCCACCGCCUCCUGAGAUGCCCCCUUGGCAAAAGAGGCAGGAUGGUGGCGGAAGAGGAGGAUGGAGAGGGAGAGGUGGCGGCGGUAGAGGUGGCUAUAAUGGCGGAGGUGGAUACCAUGGCAGAGGGGGUUAUUCUAACAGAGGAGGAUACAGUGACAGUUAUGGUGGAAGAGGAGGCCAUAGACGAUACUGAUUACAUGCAAAGACGAUUUCUGGGCUGUAACAUAACAUUAGCGGCCACUAAUGGAAGAUGACCUAUAUGACUGCAUCACUUAUAGAACAGAUGAACUGUUAUGGGAUAGACCGGGACGUCAUAUGAUUUCUUUUUUUUAUUUAACGUGAAAUAAGUUUACAGCCACGGCAUUUCAUGUUGAUACCAGCAGCAAACAAACGGGUCUUUGCCUAGUCAAUUAACAUCCAUGUACCUGCGUCUCUGUGUAAAGGUUCCUCAUUACAUAAAAUAUAUUUUUU